CGCAGUCGUAGCUUGUAACAUCAGAAAAAAUCUCACCAAGGAAAUGGGCAAUAACUGCAGCAGUGGUUAUCUAUACACAAAUGCCCCACCCACCUCUGCCGCUGCGGCCGCCGGACCUACGCCCCCUAACGAUGGCGGAGCUGGUCCCGGGCCGGGGCCCGGAUCCGGAUCCAGCAUCACCGUCCUCCCCCCGGACGCACCCCCACCUCCCCGCCGGCCCCUACCCACCGGAAUCGGUCGCGUCCUCGGCCGGCCCAUGUCCGACAUCCACUCCGUAUACGUUUUCGGGCGGGAGCUCGGCCGUGGCCAGUUUGGGGUGACCCACCUCGCGACCCACCGCGCCACGGGCCGCGCCUUCGCGUGCAAGUCGAUCGCCGCCCGGAAGCUCGCCACCCCUGACGACGUCGCCGACGUCCGCCGGGAGGUCCAGAUCAUGCACCACAUGACGGGCCACCGCAACAUCGUGGAGCUGACGGAGGUGUUCGAGGACCGCCACAGCGUGCACCUCGUGAUGGAGCUGUGCGCCGGCGGCGAGCUGUUCGAUAGGAUAAUCGCCAAGGGUCACUACUCCGAGCGGGCGGCGGCGGGGCUGUGCCGCCAGGUUGUGACGGUGGUGCACGCCUGUCACUCGAUGGGGGUGAUGCACAGGGAUCUGAAGCCCGAGAAUUUCUUGUUUCUGAGUGGGGAUGAAAAUUCGCCCCUCAAGGCGACCGAUUUUGGACUGUCUGUGUUUUUCAAACCUGGAGAAGUAUUUAGAGAUCUUGUUGGGAGUGCAUAUUAUGUGGCUCCUGAAGUAUUGCGUAGAAAUUAUGGUGUUGAAGCUGAUAUAUGGAGUGCCGGUGUUAUACUGUAUAUUUUACUCAGUGGUGUCCCACCUUUUUGGGGAGAAAAUGAGCAAGGCAUAUUCGAUGCCGUUUUGCGGGGCCACCUUGAUUUUGUUUCGGACCCCUGGCCAUCAAUUUCGAGUAGUGCCAAAGAUCUUGUGAAGAAGAUGCUUCAGUCUGACCCUAAAGAUCGGCUUAGUGCAGUUGAAGUCUUGAACCAUCCAUGGAUGAGAGAAGAUGGGGAUGCAUCUGAUAAGCCUCUCGACAUUGCUGUCUUGACUAGGAUGAAGCAAUUCCGUGCAAUGAACAAGCUGAAAAAAGUUGCUCUGAAGGUGAUUGCGGAAAAUCUUUCUGAAGAAGAAAUUAUAGGUUUGAAGGAGAUGUUCAAAUCCAUGGAUACCGACAAUAGUGGAACUAUCACUUAUGAAGAGCUAAAAGCCGGCUUGCCGAAGCUUGGAACGAAGCUGUCUGAAUCAGAAGUCAAACAAUUAAUGGAAGCGGGCAUAGCAAAACGAUUAGCUUGGCACAUUACGAUUAGCUUGCAGAGGAAGAGGUUUUCGGGGUCUAAAGCUGAUGUGGAUGGAAAUGGGACAAUCGAUUACAUUGAAUUUAUCACGGCUACAAUGCACAUGAAUCGAAUGGAGAGAGAGGACCAUUUGUACAAAGCAUUUGAAUAUUUUGACAAAGAUAAGAGCGGGUACAUAACUAUGGAAGAGUUAGAACAUGCCAUGAAGGAAUACAACAUGGGAGACUCAAAAACGAUUAAGGAAAUCCUUGCUGAAGUAGACACUGAUCGGGAUGGGAAAAUAAACUAUGAUGAAUUUGCAGCUAUGAUGAGGAAAGGCAAUCCUGAAAUAGGCACUAACAGACGGAGAAAAUAGUAUCGACAACACUAUAUAAACGCAACUAUAUAUGUAUUGGGUGUGUUCCCCUGCGGUUUUUCGCCUUCUUCUUGUUGUCUAUAUCUUGAUUGUUGGCCUGAGAUUUGGGUGACAAAUUGUUCUACAGUUGUUUUGUGAUGUUGAAGUGCGAUUGUGGCUUGUGGGGAAACAUGUGUUUAUCGUUGGUGAAUGCAAAUUUGAAAUUUUGUUUGCCAUUCUCAUUUCAU